AUGCCCUCUGAAAUUAAAAAAACUCUGAUAUCCAUGUUACUGUUUUCACGAUGGCUCGGACUGUCCCCAGUGAAAUGGGAGUCGCUGCAGCUUCGUGUAUCUAAGGGUUUUGCGACGCUAAUGACAAGAGAGGCGUUUACUCUUAUUCUUGCUUGGAUUCAAAAUGAGGAUAUAGACGUUGAGGACUUUAGUUCUGAACUGGUGUUCAAGGAACUCAUUCUCUUUGGGUAUUUGGUGCUCAAGGGUCCACAACGUAUGGCAAUCAUGAUUGAAGUUCUUGAUCAGCUUGAAAAGAUAAAGGAAAAAAGAUUCAGAUGUACAUUGGAGAAAAAGGAGAAGAAGAAAUUUUACUAUUUUAUUGUUUCUCUCACGAUAUUUCUGGUUAUCGUAUACAUCAACAAAUACAUUUUCGAAGUAUAUGAUGAAGAGCAACCUAUAUUAGAUAAUGUUAAAUCGUUCAUGUUGACGUUUUUCAUUCGAUAUGCGUGUGCCAUAUCGGAAUUUUAUUUUGUUCUCCUGGCUCUUCUGAUACACACUCUUCUCGCCAGCAUCAAUGACGAUUUAGAGGAAAUUUUUAAAGAUAAUGUACCACCUUCUAACGUAAUUUUGUAUAAGGAACCAGUAUCUGUCCUUGGGAACCGUGAUAUUAGCCCAACUAUCGACUGCUUUGGCCUGACACCUGCUGGCACUUUUGGUGCCAGCAUGGCUCUUGUUGCGUUUACAUUGCAUAACAUUAUUGUUGCUGUUACGACGGGAAUUCAGCUAAUGCUUUUUGUUGAACCUUCGUACAGAGCUCAAGUCGAGUUAAGAAAGACGACAUUACUAGUCAGCAGGGCACUAAACGAAGCUCUGGAAAGGAACGAUUUAGAUCAGCUAAAUGAGCUCCGACAUCUUUUGAAAAUGCUACAUCUCAACCGGCCGGUCUACUCCGCUUUUGGAGUCUUCAAUAUAGGAAGACCACUCGUCACGGCUGUACUGAGUGGUACAGCUACUAUAUUGGUUAUGUUACCGUAA